AAAGCCGGCUGGGCCAGAAUGACGCCUUCCAGCAUCAUGUUGGUGGACCAGAACAGGCUGCUCACCCCUAAGGAGAAAAAUAAACUGAGAAAGCCGAUGAUCGAGAAGAUGCGCCGCGACCGCAUGAACAGCAGCAUCGAGCAGCUGAAGCAGCUGUUGGAAACGGGGCCCUGGGGACACCCGCCCAAUUCCAGGCUGGAGAAAGCCGACGUCCUGGAAAUGGCUGUGAGCUACCUGAAGCAUCAGAACCGGCUGCAGGUCACAGCAGGAUUUGCUCCCCAGGAGCGGGAGGUGGAUUUCCAAGAAGGAUACGCCCGAUGCCUCCAAGAAGUGUCUCAGUUCCUGCUCCUUCACAAAGUCCACCCCCAGACCCAGAAGAAGCUGAUGGGCCAUUUUCAGCACAUCCCCUUGAACGCCUCGGAUGGUUUCGGCUCGCCGGCUCACCGGAAGCAAUCCACGUCCAAGGGCAUCCGUUCUCUUUGGAGACCGUGGACGGACUCAGCCCGGUGA